AUGUUCGUUUCCAAUUCCGACAACCUUGGGGCUACUAUGGACCUGCGCCUCCUGACGUACUUUGCAGAUUCCGGCGCACCUUUCCUGAUGGAGGUAGCGGCGCGGACUGACGCAGAUAAGAAGGGCGGUCAUCUGGCUGUAAUGAAAAGCGGCGGUGGCCUGACUCUGCGAGAAUCGGCACAGUGCCCAAAAGAAGAUGAGGGUGCCUUUCAAGAUGUCUCCAAGUACACCUAUUUCAACACCAACAACCUCUGGGUUCAUCUGGGAAAGUUACAUGAGCUCUUCGAGAAGAACGGUGGAGCUUUGCCUCUGCCUGUGAUGAAGAACGACAAGACUGUGGACCCUCGGGACAAGAAGUCUACCAAGGUCAUCCAGCUGGAAACGGCAAUGGGCGCUGCUAUUUCCUGCUUCGAGGGAGCACAGGCCAUCAAGAUUCCAAGGACCCGCUUUGCCCCGGUGAAGAAGACUGACGACCUGUUUGCCCUUCGCUCGGAUGCCUACACCCUCACG